CCAUCAACACCUACAGCUAGCAUUCGGCUUUUCAGUGUCUAUGCGGCAGUCCCUUCCCUCUCUUCUUCCCCCUUCUUAUCUUCCUUCCUUUUCCCUUGUCCACUGAAUGCUCACAAAAUGGGAAAGCUCUUCUUCUGUACUUCUCCAUGAAACAAGACACUUGAGGAGAAAGGAGAAGAGAGCUCGCUCUGAUCCAGUCGCUAUGGGAGUCAGCUAUAACUACGCCUCUUCUGUGCUUCUUUGCGCUGAGGAUAACAACAGCAUCCUUGACUUAGAUGAUGGUGAUGAUGAUCUGGGAAUAAAUGGAAGAUUUUUGGGGAGUGGGAUUGGGAAGAUUUAUGAUCAAAAGACUGGUUUUUUCAUGGAUUCCCUUAUGGUUUUCCCAUUACAAACUGAAGAAUGCUUAUUUGCGUUGCUGGAGAAGGAAUCUGAGCUUCUUCCGGCGAGAGAUUAUGCUGAGAAGUUGAGGAGUGGGGCAUUGGAUAUGUGUGUAAGAAAGGAUGCUGUCGAUUGGAUUCGGAAGGUUCAUGCCUAUUACAGCUUUGGACCUGUCAGUGCCUACUUAUCUGUAAAUUAUCUGGAUCGAUUUCUAUGUGGCUAUGAGCUCCCACAAGGGAAGGCUUGGAUGACCCAAUUGCUAGCUGUGGCCUGCCUAUCUUUGGCUGCUAAAAUGGAGGAAACUGAAGUUCCUCUUUCUUUGGAUUUACAGAUAGGCAAUGCCAAAUAUGUAUUUGAGGCAAAGACGAUACAGAGAAUGGAGCUUCUAGUGCUGAGCACCCUCAAAUGGAGGAUGAAAUCAGUCACACCUUUCUCAUUCUUAGAUUAUUUUAUUCACAUUUUUAAUGAUGGAAAUUCUCCGAAAGAAUUGGAGAUCCAUCGCUGCGUGGAGCUCAUUUUGUGCACGGUUAAAGGAAUUAGGUUCUUAGAAUUCAGGCCUUCAGAAGUGGCUGCUGCAGUUUCUUUAACUGCAUUUAGUGAUGUUGAGACAGUGUGCUUAGGGAAUGCUUUGAAUUGCUGUCCUUAUGUUCAGAAGGAGAAAGUGAUGCAAUGCUAUGAAGCAAUCCAAGACAUGAGAUCAAUGGAAGAGAUUCCUCCAUCGAUUUCCUCGGCUCCACAGAGCCCAAUCGGGGUGCUGGAUGCAAAAUGUUUGAGCUAUAAAAGUGAUCAAACAAUUGCUUGCUCGCACGAAAAUUCCCAGAACGACUCGCUAGCAGCAAAGAGGAGGAAGCUGAAUGGCUCAUGAGUAUUUGUUCUUUACCUUGUGUUAAGAGGCACACAUAUUUUUGAAGUAUUUGUUGUUUUGGUUGGUGGGAGAGAUAAAACCAUGAAUGAGGAGGUUGAGGCCACAGAGAGAGCCAAAGAGGGGA